UGGUUGCGGUGCAGUCUCCUUCAGCUCGCCCUCCAACCGGUGACGCCUGCUCCAGCCGUGCGGCGUGAGGAACAUCGCUGUUUAAGUCGCUUUAGUUUACCGUCAGCUCAACCUCCUCCAGAUAAAAUGGCUGUGCCUCCCUCAUAUGCUGACCUGGGCAAGUCCGCCAAAGACAUCUUCAACAAAGGCUAUGGCUUUGGCGUGGUGAAGCUCGACGUGAAGACAAAGUCAGCCAGUGGAGUGGAAUUCAAAACAUCUGGAUCCUCCAACACUGACACCAGCAAAGUAGCAGGCAGCCUGGAAACUAAGUACAAGAGGUCAGAAUACGGCCUGACCUUUACUGAGAAGUGGAACACCGACAACACCCUGGGAACAGAAAUCACCAUUGAAGAUCAGAUUGCCAAAGGGCUCAAGCUGACCUUUGACACCACCUUCUCACCAAACACUGGCAAGAAGAGUGGCAAAGUGAAGACAGCCUACAAGCGCGAGUACGUCAACCUGGGCUGCGACGUCGACUUUGACUUUGCUGGCCCCACCAUCCAUGGAGCCGCCGUUGUUGGCUACGAGGGCUGGCUUGCCGGUUACCAGAUGACCUUUGACACUGCCAAGUCCAAGAUGACCCAGAACAACUUUGCCAUCGGUUACAAGACUGGAGACUUCCAGCUCCACACCAACGUUAAUGAUGGAGCUGAGUUUGGAGGCUCAAUCUACCAGAAGGUGAGCGACAAACUGGAGACGUCAGUGAACUUGGCCUGGACCGCUGGCGGCAACAGCACACGCUUUGGUAUCGCAGCCAAGUAUCAGCUGGACAAGGAUGCCUCCGUCAAUGCUAAAGUGAACAACAAUAGCCUUGUUGGUGUUGGGUACACCCAGACUCUUAGACCAGGUGUCAAACUCACCCUGUCCGGCCUUGUCGAUGGAAAGAACAUCAACGCAGGAGGCCACAAGCUGGGUCUGGGCCUGGAACUGGAAGCUUAAGGUUUCCUCGCAACCUGCAAAAGGACUCGGAAUAUCAGAAGAAUCUGGCCUUUUUAUUUAUGUGUCCAUCUCGAAACCAGCAAAGGGAUAUUUUGGAGAGUGAUUCAAAGGCUACUACUACAACAACAAACUCCUCCACUGAAGUACCACUGGUGCUUCUGUCAUUUUACCUUUUGUUGCUUUUUGUCCGCUCGGUAGCUCCGUCUAUUUAAGAGACCGUUAACGGUAUAUGUCACUGUUCCAUCGUCAACAUCUGUGCGACUGUACUUGUGAUUUAAAACCCUACACGACAAGUCUCGUGAAUGUUUUCAGUUGGCGGUUUUGGUUUGCGGCGAGCGGCGUCACACCUUCAUCAAGAUCACCUGAUAUUCCUUUGUCGUUUGCAAACCCUGUUAAUUACACUAUUUAAAUAACACUGCACCCUUCCUGUUUGCACACAAGGACAAAACUAGCUAUGUAACGUGUUUCGUGUCGGAGAUUGCAUUGAUCUCUUUGAUAGCUGCACACAUGACCUUCCCAUAAACCCCCAUGUCUGGUUAACGCGGUGAGAACCCUGUUACAAAACCUGGCUGAUCAUGCAGAAUUGGCUACGAUUGACUCGAUACGCGGAGGUACCUGGCGCAGAUGAUGUUCACAGUUAAUGCCAAACUGUCCCUUGUUCAAAAGAGGUGUGACUUGGUCAGCACUUCAGAGCCCACAGGAAUCCUGGAGGUCCUUUAUGUGUGAAAGUUUUCAAUAAAGUCUUUGAACUCCA